GUAACAUUAGACCAAACUUGUAGUCGUGCCUUCCCUCAUCACACCAACAUAAUAUUUUCAAGAGUAUCUCUUAACGCCAUUCAUUCUCAUUCACACUUUUAAAAAUUCCAACAUUUGCCUAUCUCACGUUCGACUAUAGUUUGUAAACUCCUAAUUCCUAAACUAGAGAAAUGGGAGGAGGUUUAUAGUUUUUGUUUUCCCCCUUUCAUAUUUGCCCCUUUCGAAAUGACAAAAACUAAAGAAUAUACUUCAAACGGCAAGCCGAGUAACCAAAUGCCGACAAAUGAGACUGUCUUCUGUUACGUACGCAACCAUGUAAGGUUCCCAAAGAUGAGGGAAGCGAUGUGUCGUCAAAAGAUAAGAUGGGCAAUAAUAACUAUGAAGCAUAAAGAUGUUGCGGGCGGAUUAGGAACAGGAUCAGCCGGAGUGCCGGAGGUCAAUCGUCGUCGCUUGUCAGAUGGUGCGCUAAGUCCGCCGGCCGGGAGGCCAAGCACAGAAUCUAGAAAUGUAAUUUUCAUGAUGCCGGUGAAAUCUAGGAAUGUCAACGGCCAGGACAAGGUGAGUAUUUCGAUACCCGUGCAAUUCCCAUGGCAGGUCGAGUCCGGAUUGGAUAGGGGGACGCAGGUCGGAGCAGGUCGACACAUAAGGAUAUGUGCGCAUUUUCAAGGAACACAAUCGAGAUUUUAAUUUUUUUCCGUUCAAAAUCGAGAAACGAACCGAUAAAUAAAGUUAAAUUAUUAUGAUAAGUGGAGGGCUCGCACCCAAUUACAAUUAUAUAUUAGAUAUAAAAUAUGAUGUAACAAAAGUAAAAUUCAAAGUAAGUUGAGUAAAAUUAUAUAAUUUGGAAAAUACGUAUCGAGAACAGAGCGAGCGAGUCGAGUCGAAGCGAUGAUUCACGCCUUGCCCCUAGGCCCUAUCCCACCUACCCCGCCUCAAAACCGACUAAACGGGUCGAACAGAUCGAAUAGGAUUGGUCAUAGAAAUUAACAAUCCCUGGUGAGAUCACUUUAUUAAUUCAGUUUCAUCAAAGUUAUAGGUUUGAUAGUACUACUCAUCUAGUGGCUACUAAUGUCUUUGCAUCAGCAGCUCGAUUGUUUUGAUGUACUUUAAUUAUAUAUCAUAUUAUAUACUUACCGGUGAUGUAAUCGGUUUACCGGUUAAUGAUAUAACUGAUCGACUACCAAUCAUACAGUUAACCAAUUAUAGCAGUUUCGGACGUAAUCGGUCGCGGUAUACUGUUUAUCUCGGUAUACCGAUAACCGAUUGAAAUAACCGUAGUGUUAACCGGAUACCGAUAAGCUAACCAACAUACGAAAGCAAGCGGCUCCAACUCAAGAGAAAAAAAGUUUUAAAAUAUAAACAACUCCAGGCCCCAGCGAGCUCAUAUAUCUCUUAGCUACUUAGACAAAGCCUUUUCACUCGAGAACACCGGCUGAGACAGCUAGAAUUACUAGGGAACAGUGUUAGGAUCUCAAUGGGCACAACACAUUUCACACGUUUUUAUCAUUCCACUGAACACUCCGCCGCACCUUUCCCGGCUUUGAUUCCUGGACAUCCCACCUUAAUUUCCUCGGAGCCAACAAGGAAUUCGACUCGAGAAUCUCGGUUAAUUUUGGGUUAACCGGUUCGAGUUGGUGGCGCCCAGCUCCCUUGACGGUACAUCAAAGAACCGAUUCAUAAUCGGGGUAACCGACUAUCUGGUUAACCAGUCAGAAACCAGUAGCGGUAUUCGAUCUUUGCAUUGUCGUUGCCGGUAUACCAUUAACCUGAUAGUUAGUUACCGGUUAAACCAGUAACCGACCAAUUCCCGGCCCUACUGACUUAUUUAUGACAAAAAAAAUUGUGAUUACAUUUUCUCACACAACCUCAUAUUUUUUUUCAUUUAUUAAUUUUACAUCUUAAUCAUGGUUGUUCAUGCCGGUGACAUGCCGGUCGGUUGAACCUAAUUCAACUGGUGUCGGUCAUGACAUCGACAUAAACACCACUGGUAUGACCGGAAUGAUCGAUUUACGAAAUUUAAAUAAACAGACGCCAUUUAGUAAAUUUGAUUGAUAAAAAAAUGAAUAUAUUAUAUGUUUUAUGAAUUAUAAAAGUUAAAAGUUAGA